CCCCAAAAAUGCUCAAGUGGCUGACGGACGUUACAUCGGCUAAAAUCGUUGGCGAAAAGGACGAAGACGAUGGUCGAGACGAAAUUAUGGACAAUGACGAUAACAUGAUGAUCGACCUAAUUCUGUCCGAAAUUGAAUUGACGGUGGCGGCUUUUGAGACCGAAAAGGAACAACGUAAGUCUCAAGAGUGUCUACAGAAACGAAUACCCGACUAUUCAUGGCUAAUUAGCGAGAAUUCACAAAAACCGAAGAAGUAUCUAACAAUGAAUGAACGAGCUCGUCUUACUCGGGCUUGCGAACGUCUUCGUGCU